UAAACCACGGGGAAGAAACCAAAUUCUGUAGGGAAGCAGGAAAAUAAUGCAAUAUAAUUUGAACAACAAGAAAGUGAGGACGUCGGGUCAGAUAUAAUGUGCUUUGCUGCGUCCUGUCCAUAAACGUUUAAUACACGUUUCACGCCGAGUCAGCCGAAGUAGUGGAUGAACAAAAUUUGUCAUUGUCCUGGAAUUUGUUAUCGAUAAAGUUUGAGUUUGAAUCUUCUCCCACUGCUGAAACUAUGGCGGCCGAUCUAACUGUGAACGGAGUUCCUUCUCCACUCUCAGCUAAAGUGGUUGGGUCAUUCGCUUAUUUGACCAUAAGAGACAGAUUACCCACCAUCUUGACUAAAGUCAUAGAUACAAUUCAUCGCACCAAAAACACGUUCUUUGAAGAAUAUGGGGAGGAGGGAAUCCAGGCAGAGAAGCAAACAAUAUCUCUCCUUUCCAAGCUGAGGAAUGAGGUGCAGACUGAUAAGCCACUACUUGCACUGACAGACGACCUACAAGAUACAGAGACCUGGAACCAGUACAUGCAGAGACACCAGGGACUGCAGGGGGAUCAGGGGUCUGUCAGCUGGUUCAAGUCUGCAUGGCUUUACGUGGAGUGUUACAUGUACCGAAGGAUACAGGAGGCUGUCUGGCUCAAUCCUCCAAUCCGUGACUUUGAUGUCUUUAAUGAGGGAAAGACUCAGAGCUUUUUUGAGUCACAGCAAGCUGUAAUGGCCUUGUGUACUCACUUGGAGGAAAUCAACAAGAGCAUGGAGCAGCUUUCUAGGAGUCAGCUGCUUGACAAUUUCAACACAUUACUGCUGGUUUCUUUGUGGGGGAACAAAUGUGACCUGUCUAUCUCUGCUGGUCAAGAGAAUUCACAGAAGACCAGUCCAUUAGAUUCCCUGAGCAGCCUACAGCCCUUCAUCUUAGUGGAUGACUCUAACAUGGUGUGGUCAACUCUCAUCUCUGCCCAGAGGCCGGGACAGUCAGGAGUCAGAGUGGACAUUGUACUGGACAAUGCUGGCUUUGAGUUAGUCAGUGACUUGGUGUUAGCAGAUUUCCUGGUUUCCUCCGGCCUCGCUCGGGAGAUCCAUUUUCACGGCAAAUCCUUCCCUUGGUUUGUCUCUGAUGUGACGGUGAAGGAUUUUCAUUGGACCAUCCAGCAGACCAUGGCAGCCAAUCACAAGUGGAUGUCUAAGAGUGGUUUCCAGUGGAAGAGCUACAUGAAAGAAGGUGUGUGGUCCUAUCACGACCAUCCUUUCUGGACACAGCCCCAUGAGUUCUGUGACAUGGCUGCUGAUGCUUCUGAUUUGUAUACGCGCCUGCAGGGGGCAGACUUGGUGUUGUUUAAAGGUGAUCUGAACUACAGGAAGCUGACUGGAGACAGGUACUGGGACUACACAGUUAGCUUUGAUACUGCACUUCGAGGUUUUGGGCCUGCACCACUUUGUAGCCUAAGGACUCUCAAGGCUAAUAUUCAGGUUGGUCUGCAGCCAGGCCAAGGGGAGAAGCUCACCUCCCAAGAUCCAGACUGGAUGACUAAUGGCAAGUAUGCUGUCAUCCAGUUCCACAGCCCAAAGUCAGAACAGUAGGAAUGACAACAGGAUUGCACUGGAAGUAAACACCAUAGUAAGAAGUGUAAUUUGCAGGAGGUACUUUUAAGCCAUAAGAACAUGAUGUAAUAGGAGUUUGUUAAGUUAUGUUUUUGUUUGCCAUCAUCAGUUAGCACUUGUUCAUGUUUGAUACAGAAAUGAAAAUACAGUUGUAUUAUCAGCUUAUACAUAAAAUGCUACAACUCACUGUUGUAGAACAGCUGUGGCAAAGUUUGUGCAUGCAAGUUGAUGAGUGGCAAUACAUGUAAUAUAUAAUAAUUUAAUUUUGAUUUAGCUCAGGUUGUGAACUGUGUCAUUGUAUGCAUGCUCCAAACAUGCAGCCUGCUAUUUGGACCCUGUUCAGAACUGAUAUUAAAUAUGUCCUGAGUGAUAUAAGCACUUGUUAGAUCAGAAGUACAGAUCUGAAGCUACACAGUGCAUCCUUAGUGCAUCCUCAGACCAUAUCACAGAAACUACAGCUUGAAGAUGCAUGUGUCCACAUUCCUGAGCACGAAUGAACACAUUCUGUCCUCAGGAGGACGCAUUAGAGACGUCGGAGGAGAUGCAUCCAGGAUGCUUUUUUUAAAGAUCAUAUUCUGUCGGAUGUACUGUUAAUGGGGGCUGUGUGAUAAUAAAUGUGAUGAAAUGUACUGGUUGGGUGUAAAAUGGAAGCCCAAACCUUGACAGAUUAAAGUGGAUUUCUAUGAACACUUUUGCAUCAUCUACUGUAACUCUUCAUGCUCAAUGUCAGCUAAUGUAAAAUGGUUUUGGGAGAAAUCAUAUCGCGUUCAUCAAUGAGUUUGAUUUAAUAAAGAACUGCAAUGACUGGU